GUUCGCCUAGUAACAGUUACUAUGGCUGCAGAGUGGCUUACUGCAUGGAACGCCGGGAGAUGUAGUUUAGCGCAGAUGCUUUUACGACUUUGAGUGUUGCUUUGCGGCGGAAGUGAGUGUGCAGCUUGGUCUGAUUCUUCCGGUUGUGGCGGCCGGUGUUUCUUGCACGCUUAUUUUAUUUCUAGCCGGUAGGAGAUUUAUAUAUUGAAUAGGCGAGAUGAGGGACGUGACCGGAUUCCUACAGCAACAGCAGAGCCAGAGCUCGUCACCGGAGACCGCGGGGAUAUGGCACCGGCUGGAGGAGCUCUACAACAAGAAGCUCUGGCACCAGCUGACUCUCCAGCUUCUGGACUUCGUACAGGACCCUGAAUGUGCAAAAGGAGAUGGACUUAUCAAACUUUAUGAGAACUUCAUCAGUGAUUUUGAGCACAGAAUUAACCCCUUAUCUCUGGUUGAGAUAAUCCUCCAUGUGGUGCGACAGAUGACAGAUCCCACGGUGGCUCUUGCAUUUCUAGAGAAAACUCGGGAGAAGGUGAAGAGCAGUGAUGAGGCUGUGAUACUCUGCAGGACGGCCAUUGGAGCCUUAAAGCUGAAUAUUGGAGACUUACAAGCUACUAAGGAAACUAUAGAAGGUGUGGAGGAGAUGCUGGGAGCAUUGGCUGGGGUGACAUCUGUGCACAGCCGCUUCUAUGACCUGUCCAGCAGGUAUUAUCAGACAAUUGGAAAUCAUGCCUCCUAUUAUAAAGACGCUCUUAGAUUCUUGGGUUGCACAGAAUUAAAAGACCUACCAGUGUCAGAGCAGCAAGACAGAGCGUUUACUCUUGGCUUGGCUGGUCUCCUUGGAGACGGGGUCUAUAACUUUGGAGAAUUGUUGAUGCACCCGGUGCUGGAAUCUUUGCGCAGCUCUGAGCGACAGUGGCUGAUAGACACCCUUUACGCCUUCAAUAGUGGCAAUGUAGAGACAUUCAGAGCCUUGAAGACAGCUUGGGGACAACAGCCUGAUCUUGCUGCCAAUGAAUCCCUUUUACUUAAGAAGAUACAGCUUCUCUGUUUAAUGGAGAUGACGUUCACACGGCCAGCGAAUCAUCGUCAGCUGACGUUUGAAGAGAUUGCAAAGAGCGCACAAGUCAAUGUUAAUGAUGUGGAGCUUCUUGUCAUGAAGGCGCUAUCUGUGGGUUUGCUGCGAGGAAGCAUUGAUGAAGUGGAUAAGAGAGUGCACAUCACAUGGGUUCAGCCUCGGGUUCUUGACUUGCAGCAGAUCAAAGGUAUGAAAGACCGCUUGGAGUUCUGGUGCACAGAUGUGAAGAGCAUGGAGAUGCUGGUAGAACAUCAAGCCCAUGACAUCCUGACAUAGACUUUAUACCUCCUACUGUUCAGAGAUCACACCUGUCCCCCUUCCGUCACCAGUUGCUAGCCCGGUGCAGGGGUAUAGCAGGACUGAUAGAUGGUUAAAGCCCCCACUGCCUGAGUCAUCUGACCUGUGUUCUGGUUUUAUCUAGAGGAUGCAGCCUCUUUAUGUUCUAUAGGUUACUCCUGCACUGAUAAUGGCUAUUGACAAAUAAACCAAUUUCUGUAAACUG